AUAUGGUAAUCUGCAAUGGUUUUCUGGGACUGGCUAACAAUAUGCAUGGUCAAUGACGUAUUGCAAAGGUCAUGCCGUACAAUAAGGUCAAGAUUUGAUGAAUUUUGGUGUCUAAUUAAUGGUAGAAAUAUAGUUAGUCUAAGUGUACCUCACUCAAAAUUCAAACUGUUUUUAUUCUGCAUUGAUAAUGAGAUAGAAAACAAUACAAUAGCGCGUCCAAACCUUUUCCAUAUAAAUAAAUUCAUAGCGAGUCUUGCAUCACUUGUCGAGCCAUUUAACGUAGUGGGGGGUACCUCUGUUAUAAAAACUCAACCUGUGCUACCCGAUCAUGAUUGCUUAGAGGUCUACGAAACGUUCCCAACAAAAGCUGAUACCGAUUUCGCAUAUAGGAGCAGCAACAUGUCAAAGAAAAGUGAAGACACUGAGCAUUACAACGGGGAUCGCUUGUUUCUACCCCUAGAGUCAGGCGAAGAAGUAGUGAUUUCUGGAAUUGCCGGAAGAUUUCCCGACUCGGAUAACUUGACACACUUUCAAGAGAAUCUCUUCAACAAAGUAGAUCUGGUCACUAACGAUGACCGCCGUUGGAAAUUAGACCAUCCGGAAAUUCCUCAAAGAACUGGAAAGAUAAAUAAUGUGGGCAAAUUCGACUCGCUAUUCUUUGGAGUACAUUUCAAGCAAGCGCACACCUUAGAUCCCAUGUGCAGAAUGCUGUUGGAACAUGCCUAUGAAGCUAUUAUCGAUGCUGGGAUUAAUCCACGACAGCUUCGUGGGAGUAACACUGGCGUCUUCAUUGGUGCCUGUUUUUCAGAAUCGGAAAAAACUUGGUUCUAUGAAAAACUUCAGGUGAACGGUUUCGGUAUUACUGGCUGCAGUCGUGCGAUGUUGGCGAAUCGAAUUUCGUACUGGUUGGGAUCAAAUGGUCCAAGUUACACAGUCGACUCAGCAUGUAGUUCUAGUCUUUUUGCACUGGAUCACGCAUUCAGAGCAAUCAGAAGCGGACAAUGUGAUGCUGCCAUUGUUGGAGGAGCUAACUUGUGUCUUCAUCCAUACGUCUCGCUACAAUUCUCUCGACUUGGAGUACUUGCAACCGAUGGGCGUUGUAAAUCAUUCGAUGCCGAUGCCAACGGCUAUGCUCGGAGUGAAACUGUAGCUGUCAUUUUCCUCCAGAAACGCAAGGACGCGAGACGUAUUUACAGUGAAGUUGUUCAUACAAAAACGAAUUGUGAUGGUUACAAAGAACAGGGUAUCACCUUCCCUUCAAGUGUAAUGCAACAGGCAUUAUUUGAACAGUUUUACCAAGAAUGUCAAGUCCCCCCAUCUAGCUUGGCUUACAUAGAGGCACAUGGUACCGGAACAAAGGUCGGUGAUCCUGAAGAAGUGAAUGCUCUUGACAAAAUAUUCUCUCCUGGUCGAACUACCCCGUUGCGGAUUGGGACCAUCAAGUCGAAUUUGGGACAUUCUGAACCAGCAAGUGGUCUGUGUUCUGUUGCCAAGGUUGUAGUGGCAAUGGAGAGCGGUUUUAUCCCGCCAAAUCUGCAUUACAAUCGCCCUAGGGAAGGAGUGAAAGCAUUAGAAGAUGGUCGCAUUCAAGUCAUUACAGAAGUAACCCCGUGGGAAGGUGGAUAUGUUGGUAUGAACUCUUUUGGUUUCGGAGGUGCGAAUGCACAUGUUCUGCUGAAAUCAAAUUCCAAAGAGAAAGUCAAUGGUGGGGCCCCAAAUGAUGUACUGCCAAGACUUGUUGUUGUGUCUGGGAGGACAGAAGAAGCAGUCACCACUCUCUUGGGCAACCUUGAAUCCAAACCAGUUGAUGUAGAAUAUGUUAACCUUUUCCAUCGUAUACAAGCUGAAGAAAUUCCGGGGCACUUAUAUCGAGGAUAUACCAUCUUGCCCCCGGUUGGCGUAGCAGAAAAAAUUAUACGGGAUGUACAGCACUAUCCAGGCGCGAGACGACCAGUAUGGUUUGUGUUCUCUGGAAUGGGCUCUCAGUGGGCAGGAAUGGGAGAAACUCUCUUGAGACUUCCUGUGUUUGCCAAGGCCAUCCAGAAGUGUGAUGCCGCUCUCAAGCCUCACGGUGUGGAUAUUAUCGAUAUUUUGACUAACAAAGAUCCGAAGACAUUUGACAACAUAUUGCACUCGUUUGUUGGUAUUGCUGCAGUGCAGAUUGGCUUAGUGGACUUAUUGACAUCGAUAGGAAUUGUGCCUGACAAUAUUAUCGGGCAUUCGGUAGGAGAGCUUGGUUGUGCAUAUGCUGAUGGAUGUUUCACAGCAGAACAAAUGGUUCUGGCGGCACACUCUCGGGGUUUGGCUUCAAUAGAAACCGAUACAAUUCAUGGUUCCAUGGCCGCUGUUGGACUUGGUUACGAGGAUUUGAAAGACCUAUGUCCACCUGAUAUAGAAGUCGCUUGCCAUAAUGGUCCUGAAAGCUCAACUAUUAGUGGACCAGCUGAGUCCAUGAAACAAUUUGUGGCUAAACUCCAGGCAAAUAAAAUCUUUGCUCGGGAGGUCCCCUGCAGCAACAUUGCUUACCAUAGUCGCUACAUUGCAGAGGCAGGUCCAAGACUAUUGGCCUAUUUGCAGAAGGUGAUUCCAGAACCAAAACCUCGCAGUAGGAAAUGGUUGAGUACUUCUGUACCACAGAAUAAGUGGACAACGAAUGAGGCUCGUUUAUGUUCAGCUGAAUAUCAUACCAACAACUUACUCAGUCCAGUUCUCUUUGAAGAAACAUCUCACCUUAUACCAAAGGAUGCUAUAACUAUUGAAAUAGCACCGCAUGGUUUGCUACAAGCAAUCUUAAGGCGGUCUUUGAAUGAGCAUGUCACUAACAUUGCUUUAACCAAACGCGGCCAUAAGGACAACGUUGAAGUCUUUCUUCAAGCUGUAGGAAAAAUGUUUGAAGUGGGAUUGCAUCCACAGUUGACAAAUUUGUACCCUGAGGUGCAAUAUCCAGUGAGUCGUGGAACACCCAUGAUUUCGCCUCUAGUGCGUUGGGAACAUUCAGAUGACUGGUAUGUCACCAGUUAUAGGAUGCAAGAGAAAAUUGUUUCUGGAGAAAGAGUUGUCCAAGUAACGCUCAGCGACGAAGACUAUGAAUGGAUGGCUGGACAUGUGAUUGAUGGCCGAAACUUAAUUCCUGCUACUGGCUACUUGCAAUUAAUCUGGGAGACUGUAGGAAUGAUGAUGGGAGAACUGUACACUGAAGUCUCAGUUGUCUUUGAAGACGUCAGAUUUCAUCGAGCGACUACAAUACCAAAAGAGGGUAGUAUCGAACUGACGCUCAUGGUUCAGAAAGGGUCUGGUAGAUUUGAAGUUGUUGAGAGUGGGGCCGCUGUUGUGACUGGAUCUAUUCGUGCGGUAUCUAACAUAAGUCAGGAACGUAUAAAUCCCGAGCUGCUGUCAGACAGUGAGGAGGAAUUAUUAGUGAUGGGUAGGGAUGCCUAUAAAGAGUUACGCCUCAGGGGCUAUCAAUACUCUGGAGUAUUCCGGGGAAUACAGAGUGCGUCAGUAAGUGGAAACAAGGGACGUAUAGCUUGGGUGAAUAAUUGGGUGGCUUUCAUGGACAACAUGUUGCAAAUGGAAAUACUUGGAACGGAUACCCGGGGACUGUUCGUUCCUACCGGAAUUCAAAAGCUGGUGAUAGACACAAAAUCUCAUUUGAGCAAAGUCCGAACUAUGCCUGACGAUGACAGAGCGUUCCCAGUACAGGUUUACAAACAACUAAACGUCGUCAUUGCUGGUGGAGUAGAGAUAAGAGGAUUGAAAGCAAGUGCCAUCAAUCGUAAGAAACCAGCCGGGGAUCCCGUCCUCGAAGAAUUCAAAUUUGUGGAGCACAGAGAUCAAGCUGAACUAAGCCUAGAGGUGAUAACUCGGCUCGCCACGCACGUAGCGCUGGAAAAUCAUCUUGGGGUCAAAGUAAAGACCGUCGAAUUCAUCGGUGAAACGGAUGAUAUAUCGUCUGCAAGUUUAACAUCACCUUUGAUCCAGGAGGUGUUAGGUGACUUACCAUUAAUGCAAGCGGACAUAAAUAUCGUUGCGCCUGUUGGAAAGUUUGCCGAAGAUGAACUUCCGUCUACCAUUAACAUCUCUGAACCAAAAAAAAUGGCCAGUGAAGCCAGUGCCCUGAUAGCUGUUGGUCAUGGACUUCUUUCAAGUAAUAAUACCGAAAUCUUGAACCAUGUUCGAGCCGUGUUAAAAGAUGGAGGAUUCCUCAUCGCCAGAGAGCCAUUAAAUUCUGAAAAUGAUGUUAUGGUAACUGUACGAAAACAAAGCUUCGAUGUUAUUCUAGAAAAACAUACCAACAAAGAAUUGAUACUCUUGCUACGUAAGACUACUAAGGCACCUAAAAUAACUACGAUAAUAGACGUUAAUAACAAUGAAUUCAGUUGGCUCUCUAAACUGCAAGCUGCUCUCAAUGUAGAGUCUGAGAAGGAAGGUAGCAGUAACAAUCAAAUACUUCUCGUAGCUGAAAAAGAUUAUGAAAGCGGACUUUUGGGACUAGUCAAUUGCCUGCGAAAAGAACCAGGUGGUGAAGUGAUACGAGGACUGUUGAUCCAAGAUUUGCAAGCUCCAAAAUUCUCAUUGCAAGAUCCAUUUUAUUCUAAGCAGUUGAAAUUAGACUUGGUGCUCAAUGUUUUGCGUCCUGGCAAGAUAUGGGGAAGUUAUCGAUUCUUCCCAUUGGAUUCGCUGAAGGCAAAACCUGUUUACCAUGCCAGAAUAGGUCAAAUGACCCGUGGCGACUUGAGUGCAAUUAACUGGGAGGAGGGUAGUGUACAGCCCUCUGCUGAUCACAGUAAUUUAGUUACAGUGAAUUACUCGUCCUUGAACUUCCGUGAUAUCAUGAUAAGUACCGGUAAACUGGCGGUGGAAGCCUCGGCAAGAUCAAGAUUGAAGCAGCACAGUGUGAUUGGAUUUGAAUUCGCUGGCCGAGAUGCAAAUGGUCGUGCAGUUAUGGGAAUGACUGGUAAUGGAGCUAUUACGAAUUUAUGCGAACCUGUCAAAGGGCUUGUAUGGUCAGUGCCAGCGGAUUGGACAUUGGAAGAUGCAGCUACAGUGCCAGUAGCCUACGUAACAGCAUACUAUGCUUUUGUAUUGAGUGGUAAUAUUAAAAAAACUGACAAAAUCUUGAUACAUGCCGGAACUGGCGGCGUCGGUCAAGCAGCCAUCAGGUUGGCUCUUCAUGCAGGGUGCGAAGUUUUUACGACUGUAGGAACACCACAGAAACGAGAGUUUAUCAAGACUCAUUUCCCACAAAUCGACGACGAACAUAUUGGUAAUUCUCGAGACACAAGCUUCGAACAACUUAUUCUCCGUAAGACGAAAGGAAGGGGUGUAGAUAUCGUCUUGAAUUCGUUAGCUGAAGAAAAAUUACAAGCGUCAGUUCGUUGUUUAGCACAUGGUGGAAGAUUCCUAGAAAUUGGCAAGUUUGAUCUUGUUGCCAAUAAUAUACUUGGAAUGGAAGUUUUCCUCAAAGAAAUUAGCUUCCACGGUAUACUGGUUGAUAAUCUAUUUAAUGCUUCGCUCGAGCGCAGAAAAGAAGUGGCAGACUUGUUGAAUGAUGGACUUUGCUCUGGUGCAGUUAAGCCUUUGGUCAGAACCGUUUUCCCCAUGGACCAGGUCGAAGCAGCAUUCAGAUACAUGGCUGCUGGGAAACACAUUGGCAAGGUCAUCAUCAAAAUUCGCGAAGAGGAUGCAACCGGUCGAUCUUCUCUACCUCUCGCAGUGCCUCGCUACUAUUGUACUGAAGAUGGGAGUUACCUCAUUCUCGGUGGCCUUGGCGGUUUUGGUCUUGAACUUGUUGAUUGGCUCGUACUCCGUGGAGCUAGGAAAUUCGUUCUCACAUCACGAAAGGGGAUCAGCAAUGGAUAUCAACGUAUGCGUAUAAACCUAUGGAAGAGUUACGGUGUGCAGGUGGUUGUCAUUGUUGGGAAAGAUGCCUCGACGUUCGAGGAUUGCAAAGCUAUUUUGAAAGAGGCUGUAGCACUAGGUCCAGUGGAAGGUAUAUUCAACUUGGCCGUAGUACUAAAGGACAGCCUUUGUGAUAAACAAACAGUAGAAACUUUCGAGGAAUCUCUUAGGGUAAAAGCCUGGGCUACUAAACAACUGGACAAGCUCUCCAGAACAAUGUGUCCAAAUCUUAAACGAUUUGUAGUAUUUUCAUCAGUAUCUUGUGGUAGAGGAAACGCAGGUCAGACAAAUUAUGGAAUGGCCAAUUCCGUAAUGGAGAGAAUAUGCGAAACCCGAGUGGCAGAUAACUUGCCAGGCCUUGCUGUUCAAUGGGGGGCUGUUGGUGAUGUUGGGUUGGUCGCAGAAAUGCAGGAAGAUCAUAAGGAAGUUGUCAUUGGUGGAACUUUGCAGCAAAGAAUAUCGUCUUGCUUGCAAGAACUAGACCAUUUCCUACAACAGAAAUCUCCAGUUGUAGCCAGCAUGGUUGUUGCCGAGAAACGAGCUGGCGGGUCUGGGGCUACAAACAUUGUAGACACCGUCGUAAAUAUAAUGGGACUGAAAGACCUUAGAGGGGUGAGUCUGCAUUCACCUUUGGCAGAAUUAGGAAUGGACUCUAUGAUGGCAGUUGAGAUAAAACAAACCCUAGAACGUGAAUUUGAACUAUUCCUAACUGCACAAGAUAUCCGUACUCUCAGCUACGCUAAGCUCCAAGAAAUAUCUGUCAAGCUAGCGGCACAGAAUAAGAAAUCUGGCAAGAAAUUGGCGAAUGAAGUAGAAGAUUUAGGAGGCAUGAAAAUGCUCAUUCGCACUCUGGGUAUUGGAGAGCGUAGUGAUGAAAUUUGUGUCCCGUUAGCAACAAAAGCGGAAGCUGGAAGAGGAGAAGUUUUCCUAAUACCUGGAAUCGAAGGAAUUCACACCAUCUUCCAGACAUUGUCUGGUAAACUCAGGUCUCCAGCAACCUGUCUGCAGCUUGCCAACUACUACUCAAAUUUAACGUCAGUAGAGGAUAUGGCGAACUACUUUAUUUCACAUGUCAGAACGCGCAGCCAGAAUCGCCGAGACUUUAUAGUAGUUGGAUAUUCGUUUGGAAGUUUAGUAGCCAUAGAAAUUGCGAGACGUUUGGAAGCGGACGGCCUUUCUGGUCGACUUGUAUUGGUUGAUGGUGCACCCGACCAUAUGAAAGCAAUUGUCGCCCAACAUUUGGCUGCAGAUAAUGAUGACCAACUGCAAUCAAAUCUUCUAGUAGGAAUCAUGGAUAUUCUAUCUCCGGCUCAGAGCGCAGAGCUCUUUACUGAGUUGCAAAAUCGCAAAACCUGGGAUGACAAGUUGACAUCAUUCGUCAAACUUGUGCCUGAAGAUCGAGUUAUGAACUUGACACCAGAAGAUCAAAGGGUAAUCUGUACAGCCAUGUAUCAUCGCAUUAAAGCUGUCAUCAACUAUAAUCCUUCAGCGCUACCACCUCUAAGAACACCGAUAAUUCUCCUCAAGCCUAAGAGCCAAUCGGUAACUUCAAUCUCCAAUGACUAUGGUCUAGAAGCGUUGACACGGGAGAAAGUGGAAGUACACAAUGUCCCGGGUAAUCAUGCUACGAUACUGGAGGACGAUAUUUGUGCUGCAGUCAUUAACGGAGAACCCGUCGAAGAUGCUUUGACAUUCAAGAGGACCAUAAUGGAAGAUGGUCUAAAUGUAGCGCCUAUCGACCAUCAUACCGUUGGAAGAAGCUAAGAUGAUUGAAGCUGUUUGAGAUAUAAAUUUACCCACUUCCUGCCAUGAGGAAUUGAAAUAUUUUCAUUAGAGAUAACGUUGAACUGACAGAUAGAAUAGUAAAUUUAUUCCGCUACAUUUGCAUAAACUAUUCACCCCUGUACCCAAUAAAUGUGGAUCUUAAUCUGGAAGUUGACAAAAAUCAUACUAUGGUAAUAUGGUCUCAUCAUCACAUGAGUCAACAUUUUUGUCUACAAUGCUCAUAAAAUUGGACACGAAAAAAUAAACAGUAAACGAGCGAUUUUCUUUUAUGCAUCCACGUUUUAAUGUAAAACAGAUUACACAUACACAUCAUACAUACGUACAGAAAGUGGACGUGAUAUUUCACUGUACCGGCCCCCUAGUAACAAACUUAAUGAAUAACGUUUGCCACACACGUUCCUACCAACUCUUAUUGUUAGAUAUAAUCAUACGUCAAUCAUGUAUUCCAAUCAUCAAAAUAGAAAAUAAAAAGCCUAUCGUUAAUACAUCAA